AUGCUUUCGGGCCUACGGAACCCACGCCAGGCGGCCGGGCAGCUUCUCAACUUUGCCCUGGUUCUCUCCACGGCCUUUAUGAUGUGGAAGGGUCUCUCAGUCGUUACAGACUCGCCGUCGCCUAUUGUCGUGGUGCUGUCGGGGUCCAUGGAGCCGGCCUUUCAGCGAGGAGACCUCUUGUUCCUGUGGAACCGCAACCUGGUGCAAGAGACUGGGGUGGGCGAGGUCGUCGUCUACAAUAUUAAGGACAAGGAAAUUCCCAUUGUCCACCGUGUCGUCCGCAAGUUUGGAACAGGAGAGGAGGCCAAGCUGCUCACCAAGGGCGACAAUAACGUGGCUGACGACACUGAUCUAUACGCGCGCGGACAAGACUACCUGGUACGUAAGGACAUUAUCGGGUCAGUGAUUGGAUUUGUGCCAUUCGUCGGCUACGUGACAAUUCUGCUGUCGGAGCAUCCAUGGUUGAAGACGGUGAUGCUGGGGGUCAUGGGUCUAUUUGCCAUGAUGCAGAGGGAGUAG